UCAUGUUGGAUGUCAUCUAUCUCAAGAUCCAGAAGGAGGCCCUUCAUGGACUGCAUGCUGGGACACGUCCGGAUGCACAUUCAUUACUGAAUGGCCAACCGACUGCAAGAAUCGGCUAGUGAUGAACUUCUUGGCAGCCGGGGAGCAGGGGGCAAUCCUUGUGGCAACGGUGACAAUGACGGGGAGGAAGAAGAAUGCCCCAGCAUUGGCGAGGUUGUGGGAGCAGGUCAUGAGGGAGAUAGGCUUGAACCGCAUCAACACCAUCGGCACCGACAACGCGGAGGUGAACAAGAAGGCGGCCCAGAUCCUACUGAAGGACUUGGCGAACCUGUCGUGGAUCAAGGGCAUUGUGAAGACCACAAACACGAUCGUGAAGUUCAUCAGGAAUCAUCAUGCCACCCACGGGCUGAUGAUGUCCAUUGAUGACACCUUGCAGAGAGAAUGUCCUGACAGAGAUGGUCGAUCGAAGGGAGGCUGCGAAGUGGAGAUCAUUAAGAUGGUCAGGGGAAAAGUUGCGCAGAAGGCUGACCUUGUGUACUACACUGUGAGGUCCGAGUCUUGGUGGCCACAAGUGAAGAAGAUUGUCUCCAUCAUGCGCCCAGUGUACCAGUUGUUGAAGAGGAUGGACGCGGAAGGCACCUCUCCAACAAAUCUUGUGGAGUACGAUGAGCUCGUUGCUAGGAGGCUGACAAGUGUCGUGCUCACAAAGAAGGAGCGGGAGGAUGUGAUGGAGAAGGUCCGGGAUCGCAUGCGGAUGAUGAGGCAGACGGUCCACGCAGCUGCAUUCCUUCUCGACCCCCAACGGAGAAAUCCACAUUGGCUCUUCGGACAGGACAAGAAGGUCAUGGGCAUGUGGAGCACUACCACCCCUGCCGAGCACAACUGGGCGUCCAUGGACUUCAUCCACUCUAAGAGACGGAACAGUCUGUUCCUGGAGUCCCUUGAGAAGCUGGUCUACAUUCAUUGGAACAUGCAGUUGCUGCGUGCUCGAAGCCAUAAGGACAGCUGGUAUACUAAUGUGCGGGGUUCCUUCUUCGAGUCGUUGAUGGAGCCAGUGAAUAAUGAUGGAUCCUUGUUGUCGGGGCCUGUUGAGGAUCCCGCAAAGAAAGAGGAGCAGGAGAGGAGGCAAAGCAGAAUGGUGAAGGCUCCAAAAGGCAGAAUUCCCAAGGAGCUUGUUGAUUCCGACUCCAGCGACAGCAACGACCUCGAGGAUCUCAUGUGGAAGGGCAAGUGUUGGAACGAGUCCUCAUCGGAGGACUGCAGCGAGGAGGAGGCAGGGGACUCCGAUUUCGAGCUUCCUGAGGCGCGAACUGUCCUGGCAACCACAUAUGUUGGCAGGCGUACGCGGCAACGAGAGAGGGAUCUUGAGGUGGAGCCCAUGCCGGUUGUCGAUGUGGUGGAUACAAAUGUCAAGUUUUUGUUGCACCCCCAUGAUGAUCCGGACGAGGAAGAGGCCACACGUGCUAAGGCAAUGGCAGACAAGAAUGCUGAACUUGUGGACAAGCGGAUGCGUGUGGAGGAGAUCCGUCGUGCUGCGCUCCCUGCCCGCAGGGAGAGGGAGAGACGCGCUGCACAACACAACAAGCACACCGAUGAGCCGGUAAAGGAGGUGGACAUGGAGGACGGGGAGAACAUUGGAAUGCACGAAGAAGAGAAUGUGGUACAACAGGGUGGGGACGAAGGGCAGCGAGCGGACGGACCACGAGUGCAGCAGGAGAUGGGGGUUAUCGAGACAGCGAUGGAGAAGACCGGGCAACAGCAAGAGGAGGCUUCGAAGGCAGGGAGAGAGCAGCCCGCAGGGGGUGUGGUGCACAUAUGCAGGCCCCACCCACAUGUGGAGCAACAAAUGGAACUGGAGGAACGAAACACCAGCCAGCAGGCCKCAAYGAGUGACCAGCAGCAGGAGCAGCUGGAGGAGCAGAAGGCUACAGAGGAAAUCGGCACACCCCCAUWCCCUGCGCAGAACGAGGCUGUGCAGCAUGACAACCUAUGGAAGAGCAGGGCAGGAAGAAAGAGGAAGGUCACCAUGCAGUCGUCCCCAACAGCGCCCCAACGCAGCCCSGRAAGACCCCAAAGAAAAAAGACAGUUAGAAAAUCCCCRAAGCGGGACGGACGCCGCAAGGCACAGCCUUGCAAGAAGGUCGUUGAUAGUGACGAUGACCCAGAUACCGAUGCCAGUGUCCCACAGUCCGAUGACAAGUGCAGCCCAUGCGAGUUUGAGUGAGGACAAGAGAGAGAGAGAGAGAGAGAGAGAGAGAGAGAGAGAGAGAGAGAGAGAGAGAGAGAGAGAGAGAGAGAGAGAGAGGUUCUAGAUUUUGUGACACAAAAUGAUGAUCUGGAAACAAGUUCAAAACUUCAGAGU